UUCACUACUUUCAACUCAAAUCUAGAAUUCUUUAUCGGGGAAAUUUAAUUAUUUAUUCAUCUUUAAAAAGAAAAGAUCAACAAAAAAACACAAAUCUUUUCUACUAUUGAAUUAGAAAAACCUACAAAUAGAGAAUUAAAAAUGAAAUUCGAGCUCAGAGAGAAUGAAAAUGACUUCUCAUCGACUACUUAAAGAGUCUCUGAAGUCUGACAUGCGUUAACAAUUUUCAUAAUUCAUCACAGCAGAAUCAAAAACAUCAAAAGCAAAACCCAAAAGCAAAAAUAAAUCUUUUAGAAAAAGCCAGAUUUCAAACAAAGAAAAUGAGGAAAAAAUCAGAAAUUGACAUAAACACGAAUUUAAAUUUCAGAUGAAAAGCAGCUCUCAUCACAGAUUGUUGAUUUUUCAAUCAUGAGAAGCAUCAGAAUAGCGUAUAUCGCCUCAAAGGGCAAACAAUCAUUGAGCAGAGUAAACCCUAAAACGAUUGAUAAUUCAUAGCCGAAGGAGAUCAGAAGGAUAGAAACUUGUUUUCUCAGUCACAGUGAUCAGAAACACGGACCAAUAGUUUGUUCAUCACGUCUCCAAACAGAUCAAAUAAAUCCACAAAAAACAACCAAAGGAAGAGAAACGAAAACAGAAGAAAUCGAAAUUCGAUUCGACGAGGAUCAUCAGAGACUUAAAUACUACGAAUCAUAGAACAAGACCUCAUAUUGUUGCAGUAUUUUCUUCAUCAUGUGAUUUGAGCGCCUCAAGAUCGAAAAGAGAAACAAAUUUCACAUAAAUUAUAAGGAUUGAUAGAGGAGAUGGAAGUCGAUUCGAAGCGGAGAUCGUCGGAGAAGACUGGUGAUUCGGGUGGCGUACUCGAAUCUUCUUUUAUAAGCAUCGAUUGGGGAGAGAUCGCUCAUCGCGGCGAUUCUAAAACCCUAAUUUCAGAGGCGGGGCUAAAUUGGGAUUCGGGACUACUGGGCUUGAGGCGUAGAAGCCUAGAUUUAUGUGGGGAUACGAAUGCGGUCGUGAUUUAUUCGGGUCGACCAAUGGAUAAGUAUCGUUUCGAAAUUCAAUUGGGAAGGCCCACGAAACCUAAGGUAGUUCGUUCACACAAGUGAACCAAGCCCAAACACUUUUCUUCUCCAUACAAAUUGUUUGGUGACCAAACACGAGAGAGCAUGUCUUCGCAACCAACAUGUGUGUUCUAGUGUGGUGCAUUUGAUGCUUUUGGUUUUCUUGCACCUAAAGUGUGGUGCUCCUUAUCCGAGUCUAACGAGUCAUGUGUAGUUAUGUUAUGUUCUUUAGACUUGAUGGGAAAUAAUAUUUGACUUAAUUU